GCACUUGGCCACGAACUAGUAUGCGGGGCACCAAGAAAUACUCUCAUGUUAUUGACACACCAGACCCGGGCAAAUGGGAGUUGGCAGGGUACGAGGCAGCCCUGCCCAUCACGGAAAAGUCAAACCCUAUCACCCGAGAGCUGGACAAAGCUGACCCAGCACAGAUUGUUCAACUCCUUAAGGACUGUGAUGCUGAGAUCUUCCAGGAAGAGGACGAGGGUUUGGUCAACUAUAAGAGGCUGUACAGUGACUCGGUGCUGAAGACCAUGAUAGACAUCAUUGGGAAGGUACAAGAGGUGCUGAAGGAACCAGACAACACCCUCAUUGUGUUGAGUGGUGGUGGGGCAUCUGGCCGACUUGCCUUCCUUAUGGCUGUGUCCUUUAAUAAGCUUGUGAAGGGCCUGGGGCAGCAGCCACAAUACACAUACAUCAUUGCUGGUGGAGACAGGUCUCUUGUAGCAUCGCAUGAAGGGCCAGAGGACAGUGCACUCCUUGGCAUAGAGGAUCUGAACAAGGUCUGUGAAGGGAAGAAGAAGGUCAUUUUCUUCGGGAUCUCAUGUGGCUUAUCUGCCUCCUAUGUGGCUGGGCAGCUGGACUUCUGCAUGAACAACCUGAACACCUUUGUUCCAGUACUGGUGGGAUUCAACCCAGUCACAAUGGCCAGGAAUGAGAAGAUUGAAGAUUUUCACUCCACCUUUCGGCAGGUGGCUGAACGGAUGGAGAAGCUGCAGGAAUCCCACAAGGCCUUCAUCCUCAACCCUGCAGUGGGGCCUGAAGGUAUUGCUGGCUCCUCGCGGAUGAAGGGUGGCAGUGCCACAAAGGUUAUUCUGGAGACUCUGCUUCUGACGGCUCAUAAAACAGUUUCCAAGGACAGUGAGAUCUCAAAGAAGUGUCUCCUGGAGAUUCUACGCACCUAUGAACGGGCCCACAAAGUCACCUAUAGCCACAGCAAGAAGAUAGCAGCCCUGGUGAAGCAAGCAGGCACCAGCCUACAGAAGAAGGCCUAUGUGUACAUGGUGGGGUGGCACACACUGGGCAUCAUUGCCAUCAUGGAUGGAGCAGAGUGCAUCCCCACCUUUGGGGCAGAUAUCAAUGAUGUACGGGGCUUCCUUAUUGGAGAUCGCAGUGAAAUGUUUAACAAGGAGGCCGACCUCAUAGCACAGGGACCAAAAUUUGCUUUCUCUGAAGAAGAUUUUGUGAAAACAAUCCUCCCGUCGUUGACAGAACUCGACACCGUGCUCUUCCUCUUCACUGUGGAUGAUGACCUUGUUGAGGUAGAAAAGUUGGCGGUUCAGGUGAAGGAGAGGACCUCAAAUAUGCAGGCGCUUUGUCAUGCCACAGUUGGGCAGUACCUGCCGGCCUCUCUCAAGAAGCUCUUCCCCUCCCUCAUCAGCAUCAUGUGGCCCAUCUUGUUCCUGGAGUACGAAGGGAAUUUCAUCCAGAGGUUCCAAAGGGAACUCAGCACCAAGUGGAUCCUGAACACGGUCAGCACUGGGGCCCAUGUGUUAAAAGGCAAGAUCUUACGCAACUACAUGGUGGAUCUGAAAGUGAGCAAUUCCAAACUCUUUGGGAGAGCAGUCAGCAUCCUGCAGAGGUUCACCGGACACUCGCAGGCCAAGUGCUUGGAAGUGCUGCUACAGGUCAUUUACGAUCCCGAGCCUCUCUCCGAUGCAAUCCGCGCUGCUGAAGUUUCCAAGCACAUUGCUGUGGCAACAGACAAAAGCAAGGUUGUCCCCACGGCUCUGCUUUGCCUGUUCCGCAACUGCUCAGUCCAGGAGGCCUGUUCCCGCCUUGACGCCGCAACCUCUGUACGAGACGCCCUUGAUGCUGCACUGAAUGCACCAGGGCGCAAACGAGGCGCUAGCAAAUCAGAUCCUGACGAGAACAGCACAUAGGGGCAGGGGUCCCAGACAGCCGACAUCUCUUGGAGUUCAUCACCACCCGCUUCGCUUGCUUGCCCAAAGCUCGUCCUCACCCAACUCACACCGGUUUGGUUUCUCGGGAAGCAGAGCAGCACAAGAACCUCUGGGCCCCCAAAUGCUGAGCUAAGCAGCCUCUCUAGUCAGCAAGGGGAACACAUUCAAGUCAGAUCUAGCAGUCUCACCCCAACUUUGCUAGGACUGGGCCAGCUCACAAAUGGCUGUGGCUGAGCAUAGAUCAUCUGCUUAGCAGAAGGUCCCAGGUUCAAUUCCCAUCAUCUCCAGUUAAAAAGACCAAGUAGCAGCUGGCGUGAAAGACUCGGACCUGAGACCCUGGAGAGCUGCCAGUCAGUAGACAAUACUGAACUUAAUAGACCUCUGACUUGGCUCAGUAUAAGGCACCUUCAUGUCUGCUCAUGAUUUAUGUAUCAGUUCAUUUAUUUACAUCUUUCUAACCCUUCUUUCUCCCUUUGGGACUCCCAACAGAGUACAGUAUUAACUUACAAACCCAAAUGUUAUCAUAAUAAAAACACAGCAGUAGCUCUGCAACAGCAGAAAACACAGAUCCCUAAUCAGCAAAAACCAUCUGCAAGAACAGCUUUUGUAGGAAUGUUUGCCUAAACAACUCCACUCAGAAUCUUUUUUAAAAGGCAGCAACCCUUUCUGCUGUGAAGAAACAGGCUCUUUUGUCCUUGCCUGUUCCCUCUGGAUGGCCCCCCGGAAGGUCAGAAGAUCCCCCACGGCCAUCCCAGUUCUCUGUCUGGUGACACUGCCCCUUCUACUCGCUCUCCAGGGGUGCCAAAAACAAACUGCGUAUCCAGCUGCUGCCACCAAUGUCUCUGAGAGCAUUUCUUGCCACAUGGAGUAAUACAUCUAGCACUCUCUACCUGUGUUACCAUUUAGAGGCUCUGCCUAGUUGCCGCACAUGCCUGCUUCACCCCACAAGCUAGUGCAGGCACGUUCUACUGCAACUCGGCAUAUUCUUGCUGCCGUGUCCCAAGGAUGACUAGCUGACACGCUACUCCUUCCUCUUUACUGCACUUCAGAUAGCAAGACGAAAUGACAUGGGGCAAAUCCACACGCCCUUGGCGC